AUGUCCGAUGUAAACUCGCGAUGUAUCCUUGCAAUCGGAAAGACGGGGAAUGGAAAAAGCUUUACGGGAACUAUUUUUGGUGCGCGAGAUGCCGAAAUUGGAAAUGAUACAAAAUCCAAAACGGAAAAAGUUACGUUCCACAAUAUCGGAAACGGAUCCUUCUAUGUUGAUACGCCUGGGUUUGAUGAUUCGAAUGAAGAUAAGGGUGAUGAUGAAACUGUGCAUUCGAUUUUUCGUACAAUGGUGAACAAAAAAAUUCGCAAUAUAACAACUAUCUUAUGGUUUGUGAUGACUGAUGUGAGAGCAACAGCCUCGUUCAAACGUCAGGCAAGAUUCAUAGAAUCUUUGGCGCAAUUUCAUGACUGCAAUGUAUGGAAUAAUACUAUCAUCGUCACCAAAGGCAAUCAAAUUGACCAAGGUCCUCGUGAAGCUGCUAAAGAAAUAGCUAAUGAGAUUUAUCAAAAAAAAUAUGGCCAACCAGUGGAUAGCAAAGAAGAUCUUCUUGCGAAAACUGGCGAUUUAAAGAUUUUAUUGUUUGAAAGUUUGGAGGAUAAUAGUAUUUAUGUUGAAGGAAAAUUUACAAGUGCUAAAUUAAACAGCUAUGGUGUUUUUAAGGGAUCUGAACCGAAACAAAUCCUCGCAAAAUACGAAGCACUAAUGAAGGAACAUAACAAAUAUCCGAUACCUUUCAUCUUUAAAAGAGUCAAGUGUUUAAAAUGUCCUGAAGAAACCGAUCCAAGGAUAGCGGUUCCAAAGUGCCAUAAGGAAGCCGAAUUGAUUCACGGCAAUAAAAAAGAUGUUCAUCUUGGCAAAAUUAUACAAAAACACACAAAAGAUCUUGCUUAUUAUCACCCUGAUUCAACAGAAUCAUACCAUCCAAGUUCCAAAGAAUGGGUUCAUACGGGUAAACCAUGUGGUGGCGAAACGAAACAAGUGAUGGACAACAGUGCUGGUGCUUGGACUCUUCGUGUCGUGACUAUAGGAAAUCAGACGACUCUGGUUGCUUACAGAGAUUUAGAUGCUGUAAAGCCGAGGCUUCCCCCGGAUGCAAAUCUCGAUAUAAUUGCUGUAAGCAAUCUCUCCAAAGUAAAGGAUGUCAAGAUUUUUAUGAGGAAUGCAAACAUGAAGUUAGAGAAAAGCCUUGUUCUUCUAUUUGUACGAACUGCGGGAAAAAAUGGAGUUCGGAUGGAUGUAAAGAGAUUUGCACAUGUUGUAAAAAGGUCCGAGUUAAAAGUGAAGGGUGUAUCAAGACGACGCAUGACUGGCUACCUAUUUGUGUGA